AUGGUGGAAGAAAGACAUGAAGCACCUAUGAUAUUUCAUUGCAUCAUACAUCAAGAGGCAUUAUGUUGCAAAGUUUUAGCAUGGAAAGAUGUAAUGAAUAUUGUAGUAUCGACGGUUAACUACAUACGCAAAAAUGCGUUGGCACAUCGUCAAUUCAAAAUAUUUUUGGAAGAAUGCGAUGCUGAAUAUGGGGAUGUAAUAUAUUUUUCCGAAGUAAGGUGGUUGAGUAGAGAAAAAGGUAAAAUUGUACCAGAAUUAUCAAAUGAAAAGUGGGUUCUUAAUCUGGCAUUUUUAACUGAUAUAACAACUUUAUUAAAUGAGCUGAAUACAAAACUGCAAGAGAAUAAAAUCAAAUUGUUUCAAAACCCUUUUUCUGUCGACAUUGACGAUGUUGAAUCUAAUUUACAUAUGGAAGUCAUAGAAUUGCAAAACAACGAUAUUCUUAAAAAUGCUUUUAAAGAAAGUAAUGACCUAAAAAUAUUUUAUUCAAGUCUUUCUGAAAUAGAUUUUAAAGGCAUUAAAAGUUUUGCUAAAAAAAUGAUUACUGCUUUUGGUAGCACAUAUAUUUGUGAACAGACAUUCUCAAUACUUAAAUUCCGAAAAAAUAAAUAUUGUUCACGGUUAAGCGAUGAACACUUGAAUGCUGUUUUAAGGAUAUCAACAUCCAAUUUAAAAGCGGAUAUAAAUGAAUUGGCGGGAAAAAUUCAACCUCAAAAAUCACACUAG